AUUCAAAAUCCGCACAAUCAGGUAUAGGUACUUUAAACCGCAGACGAUAUAAACAUAAAUAUUGCUCGUAUAGUAUAAACCGGAGAUGCUAAGACUAAGUCUUUGGUUCAUUUUUAUUAUCACAAAAGCUGGUAUUUGUUUGCCACCCGGAGAAAGUCAAACAGCAACAUUAAUGUUUGUUGGGGAUACCUCGACGGAUGGACCAAAUCGUUACUUUGCGAGGGAAAGAAAGACAAUAUACAACGAUGCAUUUACGUAUGUCUCUCCGAUUAUUCAUCAGGCUGAUCUAGCUAUCGCUAACCUGGAAGGUGCCGUUGGGACAGAGGAUAUCAGAAACAAUCCAUUUAAGGUCAAUCGGAAGGGCCCGUACCUCCUUGGAACAACAGAAAGCUUACAAUCAUUUAGAGAAGCAGGUUUCGAUUUGGUGUCGUUAGCAAACAACCAUCUGAAUGAUUAUGGUGCUGCUGCAGUCAAAUGGACAAGAAAAACAUUGGAGAAAGCUCACCUUGAAUAUUUUGGAGUCAAUUAUGGAAGGGAUCCUUAUAAAAAUCAAAUUCCCGUUAUCAAAGAUGUGAAAGGAAUUCGUUUGGGUUUCCUUGGCUACGAACAUAUCACAAGACAAAAAGAUUAUCUAGUACCAGAUGAAGAAAUCAGGAGAAAUUUUAAUGAAGGGAUGGCGUUAUUUAGUGAAAGAACUCUACAACAAGACGUCGCAAAUCUUCGUAAAAAGAAAGUUGAUGUCAUCAUUGUACUAAUGCACUGGGGUCGCGCAGAUUCGUCAGAGAUUCUAGAUUCUCAGAAAGAGCUCGCAGCCGUUCUCAGAAAGAACGGAGUUGACGUUGUCGUCGGUUGUCAUAGUCACCGACUUCAUGCGCACAGUUUCCACAACAACUCGUUGAUUGCAUAUAGUCUAGGGGAUUUUAUGAUGGGACCAGUGAAUACUACCUACUGGAAAUUCUUCGCAAGAGCACGUUACGAUUUCAAAUAUUCUAUCAACAAGGACAAAGUAAAGGAAUUCAUAAGAAGUGCAAAGAAUAUACAAGACUUUCAUCUUUCAAGAAUUCUUAAAAUAGAAAUCACAAAGUAUGGAGUUCAGUAUGUACUUGUAUACUUUCUGUAUCCUCAAAUGAGGGAGUAAAAUUCGCCACUUCGGAUAUGAUUCAGUUGUUUUGAGUGGCACAAAAUCCGGCACAAAACACUAAAUGUGGAAGCAUGUAGAGUUUGUUCCAUGUGAACGACACAAAGUAAGACAGUAUGCCAGGAAAAUAAUGCAGGACGACAGUAUUUAAUAAGCCGUAUUUAGCUAAUAGAAUUGAUAUAAUACCGGGUGCGUGAUCCAGUAUACACAUAUAUCAGUGGCAACACCCACACGUAGCCUGAAUGUCAGAUAUCGCUUCGCGUCGCGGGAAUAAAUUCGCAUAGUAGUGGAAAACGGGCUUAUUAAGUACACAGGCUACACACUGACACGAGAACUUGCAUCUCUUACAAUGUUCUGGACU